CUUCUUUCUCUAAUUUGCGCUUUUCAUUAAACAAAACGUUCACAUUCGCUCCACCCAAGAAAGUUGAGUUGAGCCAGAAUCUUUUGCCUUCCACCCUUCUCUCCCUUCCUAUUAUCUUCUUCACCCACUUCAGUCUUCUAUGCUCUGCCUUCACCUCUCACAGUCCACUCCAGCCAGCUAUUUAAUACACUGGGGAGAAGAUAUCUUUUUGCUCCUCCCCAUAAAAGAAGCGCUUACUUUACCAGUUUUACCUUCUCAUUAGCAUCUUACGCCACAAGACUGCAACUGCAAACCCUCACUGCUUCGCUGCUCUUCCCUUUCUUCUUCUUCGCCUCCUCCAACCCAAUGGAGGCGCAUUAAUGGCAGCUCAGCUUCUCACCCAAUUCCCCAACUGAGCCAAAGUUUGGAACUUGACCCACUGGGGCAUACGGGUUGCUAAAGAGUCCAAGUGGGUCCCUGCGGAUUCUCAGAUUUCAGCAACGGCGGAAAGCGGGGUAAAAGCUGAAAAUUUUGGGUCUUGCUUCGCCGCUUCUCUUCUUCUGGGUCGAUUUGGUGGCUUCUGUGUUCUCUGGGUUGGUUCGUUUGUAAAUGGAAGGCAUUCGCUUGGCCCAACUAGCGGUGGUGCUCUGGUUAGCAAUUUUGGCGGUGGGUCAGAAUGAAUCGAGAGAGGAAGGUCCUACGACGGCGGUUUACAUUGUCACCCUUAACCAAUCUCCUACUUCUGUUCAUCACUAUGGAGACCUCAAGAGCGAUACCAAUGUGUUGAGGAACAAAGCUGCCGGGAAACGCGGUGGAUUCCAGAAGCCAAAGAAUAAUUCAAGACGAGGUGAGACUCCUGGAUCCUACAUUGCUCGCGUCCAUGAUUCGUUAUUGAGGAGAGCUUUGCGAGGGGAGAAAUAUCUGAAGCUCUAUAGCUAUCACUACUUGGUUAAUGGGUUUGCUGUAUUUGUCACCCCACAGCAGGCGGACAAGCUUUCAACGAGGAAGGAAGUGGCAAAUGUGGUAUUGGAUUACUCUGUUAGGACAGCAACCACUCACACUCCACAGUUUUUGGGACUGCCACAAGGUGCAUGGGCCAAGCAAGGUGGAUAUCAGAGUGCUGGUGAAGGAAUUGUAAUUGGGUUCAUUGAUACGGGCAUUGAUCCUACUCACCCUAGUUUUGAUGAUGGUAAUGCAUCCGAGCAUUCCUAUCCGGUGCCUAGCCAUUUUUCGGGUGUUUGUGAGGUCACCAGAGAUUUCCCUUCGGGUUCAUGCAAUAGGAAGCUCGUUGGUGCUCGUCACUUCGCAGCAUCUGCCAUCACCAGGGGAAUUUUUAACUCAACUCAGGAUUAUGCUUCACCAUUUGAUGGUGAUGGUCAUGGAACGCAUACAGCCUCUGUUGCUGCAGGAAACCAUGGGAUUCCAGUCGUAGUUUCUGGUCAUCACUUUGGACAUGCCAGUGGGAUGGCUCCUCGUGCACAUGUUGCUGUUUACAAGGCACUCUAUAAGAGUUUUGGAGGAUUUGCUGCUGAUGUCGUUGCUGCAAUAGACCAGGCGGCGCAGGAUGGGGUUGACAUCAUAAGCUUAUCGAUCACACCAAACAGGCGUCCACCUGGAAUUGCUACAUUCUUCAAUCCAAUUGAUAUGGCCUUGCUUUCAGCAGUGAAGGCUGGUAUUUUUGUUGUGCAAGCAGCAGGUAAUACUGGACCUUCACCCAAGAGCAUGUCUUCCUUCAGUCCAUGGAUAUUUACUGUUGGUGCAGCUUCUCACGACCGAGUCUACUCCAACUCCAUAACCCUUGGCAACAAUGUCACCGUUCAUGGUGUCGGUCUUGCACCUGGAACAGAGGAAGGCACCAUGUACACAUUGGUUUCAGCACUUCAUGCAUUGAACAAUGGGACGACUGUCACAUCUGAUAUGUAUGUGGGUGAAUGCCAAGACUCUAGUAGCUUCAAUGAAGAGAUUGUGCAAGGGAACCUGUUGAUCUGUAGUUACUCGAUUAGAUUCGUGCUGGGUCUCUCCACCAUCAAACAAGCCUUGGAAACAGCCCAGAAUCUUAGUGCAGCCGGUGUUGUGUUCUGCAUGGAUCCUUUUGUUAUUGGCUUUCAGCUUAAUCCAAUUCCCAUGAGUAUCCCUGGUAUCGUGAUCCCAACCUCCGAUGAUUCCAAGAUAUUGCUUCAGUACUACAAUUCUUCGGUAGAGAGGGAGAAUGGUGCAGGCAAGAUAGUUAAGUUUGGAGCAACUGCUAGCAUUAUGGGAGGGCUGAAGGCCAACUAUAGUAAUUCUGCCCCAAAAGUGAUGUUCUACUCAGCAAGAGGACCAGAUCCUGAAGACAGCUCUCUUAAUGAUGCUGAUAUUCUUAAACCAAAUUUGGUGGCUCCUGGAAACUCUAUAUGGGCUGCUUGGAGUUCUCUAGGCACAGACUCGGUUGAAUUCCAAGGUGAGCAGUUUGCAAUAAUGUCCGGAACAAGCAUGGCUGCUCCUCACAUCGCUGGGCUUGCUGCACUCAUCAAGCAAAAGUACCCAGCUUUCAGCCCUUCAGCAAUAGCUUCAGCACUCUCCACCACAGCUUCUCUAACUGACAAGAAUGGUGGUGCCAUAAUGGCUCAACGAGCAUAUUCAAACCCAGAUGUGAAUCAGUCCCCAGCAACCCCAUUUGAUAUGGGCAGUGGUUUUGUGAAUGCCACAGCUGCUCUUGACCCCGGUUUGAUCUUCGACACCAGCUACCAAGACUACAUGUCGUUCAUUUGCGGGAUCAAUGGGUCUGGACCAGUGGUGAUGAACUUCACUGGGGAAAACUGCUGGAUGUACAACUCCACCAUAACUGCUGCUGAUCUUAACCUUCCUUCGAUCACCAUAGCGAAGCUCGAUCAGGCGAGAACCGUGGUGAGAUCAGUGAGCAAUGUGGGUGGUGGCAACGAGAGCUAUGCAGUGGGUUGGAGUGCGCCGUAUGGGGUGGCCGUGAAGGUGUCGCCAACUCACUUCACCAUUGGGAGCAAUGAGAAGCAAGUGCUGACUGUUUCCUUGACAGCAACCAUGAACAGCUCGGUUUCCAGCUACGGGAGGAUCGGGCUGUUUGGGGAUCAAGGCCAUGUCAUCAACAUUCCUCUAGCUGUGAUUGGUAAAACCUCGUAUAAUACCACUACUACUGCAGCAGCACCGUGAACAGGAAGGAGCUGAUGAAUGAAAAAGGGUGUUUCUUUGGUUGAUGUGGUGAGUGUGGAUUUUGGUAACUAUUGUGCAUGGGGCUUUUGUGCGGGGGGAAUUUGAGUUUUGAGAGAUGAGAUUGUGAUAAGAGGACAAAGUGAGCAAUUUUUUGAUUCGUUUCAAUCAGAUGAUCAUUGUAAAAAUGCGAGAGACAGUUUCUGAUGUAGUUACCACCAUGUAUACUAUCACAUUAUUUAUAUUAUAAUAUAUUUGUACCAUCAUGUUACAUUCUCCAUCGUAUCAUCAAGAUCUACUCUUCUAUACCACUAAACUCUACCACCGUGAUAUAUUCUAAUAAAAAUUGCCUUGAGCA